ACCUUGUUUUGUUUUUGUGUAGUAGUGGUUGUUGCGGUUGAAAUGAAUGAGGUUAUUAAAUAAAUUUGUAACAGUGAUGCAUUGUUUCACUUUUAUGCGCUGCGAUAUAAUAUACAGCAAAAAAUAACAUGCUUAAAAAUGUAUUAGUUUAAUAAUUAGAUUUUCAACCCUUUGGUUACACCAAUUACAAUAAGGAGUGUUGCAGGAGUGACACUAACAUUUUGCAGUAGGUGGAAAUUUACGUGUUCAGCAUAUUUGUUCUGUGUUUCUAAUCAAACUUAUAAAUGAUGGUUGCUGUUUAUUUUUAGAUCAAUCGCAAAGUUUUUUCCUAUAUCCAUUGAAUUAAUCACAUAAAUAUGGGUUUCUCAACGGAUCUGCAAGAUGCUUUUUCUCACGAGGCAUUAGUUGGACUACAAGAUGCAGAGCUUAAACUUCUUGAAAAUAUGAAGAAGUGCGUUUUGCUUCGAGCAAAAUGUGAUCGGGAUUAUGCAUCUUCAUUAACAAUGGUUAGCAAUCAAGCCCUGAAACUUGAUCUUUCCAAAGAAUUGGAAGGCAGCUCAAUUGCAAGGGCUUGGUAUGCUAUUUCUGAAGAAAUGGACAUCAUGAGUAAAAUCAUCAGGAGAAAUGCCGACUGCUUGACUUCUUCAACUAUUGAAGCAAUAAACAAUUUAAUCUCGGAGAAAAGAGCUCUAAAAAAUCUUUAUGUAAUGGAGCAUGACACACUUCAUGGAGAACUAAGUAGACUACAUAAUUCAGUUGAGUCAAUGAAAACUGAAUACGAAAAAUAUCUUGAAAUGUGGAAGGAAGCAAAAUCAAAAUAUGAAGAGCAAUAUAUUAAAGGUAAAGGUGCCAGAAAAGUUGAAGAUGCAAAGGAGAGGUAUCAAAAGAGUGCAAAAAAAUUGCAUGUUUUACACAAUGAACUAAUUUUGACCUUGUGUGAAGCAUCAGAAUAUGAACGCCAUUUUAGAACUACCUUGAUACCUGGAUUGCUUUAUUAUCAACAAACUGUUAUGGAAGAUUCUGCAGAAACAUGGAAAUCUGUUUUGCAAGAAUAUUUUGAGGUCAUUAAUCUCACUUCAGAACAGUUUCAAGCUGUGCAUACGAGAAUGAGUAAAAGCAUUGAAGUUAUUGACAGUGAAGAUGAAUACACAGAUUUUAUAUGCAAAAAUAGGUCUGAUCCUCUACAGCCAAUAGAUUUCAAAUAUGAUGUUUCCUUAUUAAAAGAUAUAACUGGACCUCUGCGGCCCAAUGAGCUGAUAGCUGAUGAUUUUACAAUGGAUAUUCUUCUUGACAAAAAAAAAGAACUUGAAUCCAAACUUAUAAAGUGUGAAAAAGAUCUUUUAAAAAUGCAAGAGGAUUUGCAACAAUAUGAAGAUGAAAUCAAGUUAUCCCAGUUUGACAACAGAGAUUGUUCAAACCUGCGAGUAAAGAAAAGGGCCGUAGACAUUUUGGUGAAAAAUCUGAGUCAUUCUCAGUGCAUUGAGCAUAUCUUGCAUGUACAGCUUCAUUUAGUCAACUUUGCUCUGUCGUGUAUAGACAAUGACACCUCGCCAUCUGAGCUGGAACAUAAUGACCAAAAGGCUUGCAGUCAGAACAGUUCCAAUGAACAAAAAGAAGAUUUCAAUGUGACAUUAAGCAGGAAGUCGAAAUUUAUUAUGGACAAAUUGAAGCAACCGUUUUUUACCCUCAAACAAAGGCAUGUUUCUGCCUGCCCUCCAUCUCCACCAAAUAAAGAUUUUCUCGAUAAUGUUGUUGAGACUGAAAGAGUAACAUUCAAGAAGGAAAUUAAAGAUACCAGUUAUCAAAAUGAAGAUUGGUUCCAUGGUGUAUUACCCAGAGAGGAAGUUGUACGUCUUUUAGUGAAUGAUGGUGAUUUUCUUCUGCGAGAAACAGUUAGAUAUGAAAAAAAGCAACUAGUUUUAUCCGUUUGUUCACAAGGAUAUAAACAUUUUAUAGUUCAUAUGACCAGUGAUAAAAAGUACAGAUUUGAAGGCCCAAAUUUUGACACUAUUCAAGAGCUCAUAAUGCAUCAGUUUCAGUCAGGGCAGCCUGUAACCAUGAAAUCUGGAGCUAUAUUAAAGAGGCCAAUAGCUCGGGAGAGAUGGGAACUGAAUAACGAUGAUGUUGAAUUAAUUGAAAAAAUUGGCUCUGGUAAUUUUGGCGAUGUGUACAGAGCUCAACUUGAAAAUUACAGAGAAGUGGCUGUAAAAACUUGUCAUGUUAAUUUGCCUGAUGCUCAGAAACGAAACUUUUUGCAAGAAGGUAGAAUUCUGAUGGAUUAUAAUCACCCGAACAUUGUUAAGUUUAUUGGAAUCUGUGUACAAAAACAUCCUAUCAUGAUAGUAAUGGAGCUUGUCCCAGGUGGAUCACUUUUAAAUUUUCUUCAAAAGCACAAUGAAAGUUUAACACUGAAUCAGUUACUUUCGUUCUGCAUUGAUGCAGCUGCUGGCAUGGAAUACUUAGAGAGCAAAAAUUGCAUUCAUAGGGAUUUAGCAGCUCGAAAUUGUUUAGUCGAUGUAAAUAAUAUUGUAAAAAUAUCAGACUUUGGAAUGUCCAGGAAAACUAUUGAAUAUGUUGUGACUGAUGGAAUGAAACAAAUACCCAUUAAAUGGACGGCUCCUGAGGCUUUAAAUUAUGGCAUUUAUACUACUCUUUGUGAUGUUUGGAGUUAUGGAAUUCUUAUGUGGGAAAUAUUUUCUCUUGGAAGUGUACCAUACCUCGGUUUAUCAAAUAACAAGGCAACUGAAAUGGUCGAAAAUGGAUAUCGUUUACAGCCACCUGACAACACGCCCCCUGAAAUAUACGAAAUUAUGCGAAAGUGCUGGGAAUACGACCCUCAAAAGCGACCUCAUUUCGGCGAAAUACAUUCCUCCCUGAACAUAUUUGCUGGCUCAACUUUGAUGGAAGAUACAGUGGAGUUAUAAACGAAGCCCACCUUCUUUUGAAUUCGACUGCAAGUGACUUCUUUACUGAAAACUUUUUUGAGCUUUGAGCUGGAGAGUGGUUACAAAUGUCUUGGGGAAAAAAAUCAUGAGCUGAUGGAUUAGUCAUUAAUGUCAUGAAUCAUAUCUGGUCAUGAAUAUUAUUAUUUGAAGUAAAUCACAUGUUAUACAUUUUCUUAUCCAUCACUAAACCAAUUUAAGCUAAUUAAGUCAUCAAAAUAUUAUAAAUUGAUGAUUUUUUUUUAAGUUUUUAGUUUUGUGGACUAAAAAAUCUUUACAUUUUUGUAAAUAAGCCUUUAUAUUAAUUUAGUGCAGCAUUAUUUUUAAAAGAUUUUACGUCUUUUUAGUAAUCUACUUAUUUUGAAUGUAAAUCAAUGGAGUUGGUUUUUUUCCCUUUGAAUUAUUUUUUUUUCUGUUAAAAACUGAUAAUGAAUAAUGCUAAACAUAUUCCUUUCUUCUUCAUAUGGUCGGAAGUUUCUUUGAACAAAAACAGUGCUAUAAAAGUCAGACUCCAUUCGGAAAUUUUUGAUUCAUGUUGAUAUAGCAUAUACAUCGAAACAGCAUCACUUUCUGCAGCUUUCUACCAGUUAAUAUGAUGUGUAAUGCAGCUUUAAGGUCGCAGUAUGCAGGGGUGCCCAUCACCCCCCCCCCCAAAAAAAACAGACCCUCCUUCAAAUCAGGAAUCCCC